AGGCAGUCUCACUUUUCUGGCACUAAUCGCAACUUUACAACAGUGUUACUCACUUGUGGUGAAAAAUAUAAAUUCGAGAAGUUGUCUGCCAUUAACAUUUCUUCGUCCUUGGGGCGUCUUUCAUCUACAGAGAUGAUGUCGUUCACCGAGCAAGCUCGAUUAGUAUUGUAA